AUGUGGAGUCGAUUAUUAUACAAGUUUCCAAUGAGUUUAGAAAAAGUCAGACGUGAUUCAAUAGGAUCAGUCUUUGAUCAAUCGGAACAUCUCAUUCAAAUGGAUCGCUUCAGUUAUUGGACAAAAGUUAUAGUAACAAUCCUCCCAACGAUCAUCUUUGGAGUGUUUACUGUCGUAUUCACUUUACAGCAGAAUGAUUUUUUUCGAAAGACUCGUGAACAAGAUCGAUUCGUAGCCGAUGCUCACAAUAAACGACUUAUUUUCGAUAAUUAUAUUGAUGUUAUAUCUAAUCGUCUUCUUAGUUCAGAAUUCCGUCGAAAUAACAGCGAACAUUUGUUAACCAUUCGUGCCAAGACACUCACUGCUUUACGCCAUCUUGAUGCCCAUUAUAAGAGUGAAAUAAUUAUCUUUUUAUAUGAAAAUAAAUUGAUCCGAGCAGAUGUUCCCGAAGCAGAACGUCUCAACUUAGAUGGAGCUGAUUUGACUUCAGUUCGUUUCGCUCGUUCGUCGAAUCAUCGAUGCGUCCUUCCGAAUCUGUACUUGCCAGGUGUUGUUGCUUUCGAUAUUGUGUUCGACAGCUGUCGAUUGAUGAAUUCAGUGUUCAAUGAAGGUACAUUCAACAGAAGUCACUUCAUUGGUUGUUCACUUGGACAAACACGGUUCAUCGAUGCAUCUCUUGAUAAUGCCACUUUUCUCGAUUCAGACUUAGAUGGUGUCAAUUUUCAAGGAGCGCUGUUGACCAAUACGAAAUUUAUGAAUGCCUUUGUUCAGAAUUUAAUCCUGAUUAAUACCGAUAUGCUCGGUAGUAAUAUGAACGACAGCGAUAUCAUGGUUCCGGCUACGAGAAAACCCAAUAAUAUCUUAAAUACACGUUUUCCAAAUGGUUCAUUCUCUGAGAUAGAAUCAAAGCAAUUGGUGACAGAUGGUGGAGCUGAGCUAGAAGUAUGCCCUGAGGAAUGUCUUUUCAAUCGAAAUAUUCUGUUUAUUUUUAGUGUUCAACUAAAAAUGACGUUUCAAGUUGGGGCAACAUAA